AUGACAAUUCCACUUCUAGGGAGAUUGAAUAUCCUUGAUUGGCCCAUCAUUAUUGUUUCAUUUUCGUUAGCGUGGUUUGAGUUUCUAGUAUCGACCAUUACCACCCUUCUUCCGUGGCAAUUCAUCAAUGCUUGCACUGAAGUGGUCAAGCAGCUUUUUCGCUUUACAUCCAACCCGAUUAAUUUGAUGACGCAACUGAGACCUCGAGCAGAUAGCAUUGAACACGAGGAAAAAUACCACUAUUUGAAAGACAAAGAUGUGGCAAAGACCCAGGUGAAUAAACAAAGCUACGACUUGAUGAUUGAAAUGUUGAAUGCAGACACCAUUCACGAUAUGGUUAGCUUAUUUGGCUACGAAAUUGAAAGUAGAAUUGUUACAACCAAAGAUUCUUAUUUGUUAACAUUGCACAGACUCCGGGGUGGCUCAUCGAUAAGAGUACCUAAUGGGAAGGUGGUUUAUCUUCAUCAUGGAUUGUUGAUGUGCAGUGAAGUUUGGGUCACCAUGAUUGAAAAAUAUCAAAACCUACCUUUCAUCUUGUAUGAUUUGGGUUAUGAUGUUUGGAUGGGUAAUAAUCGGGGUAACAAGUACAGCCAGAAGCAUUUGAACUACGAUGUUCGUUCGCUGCAAUUUUGGAAUUUUUCCAUUGAUGAAUUUGCCUUGUUUGAUAUUCCUAAUCUGAUUGAAUACAUUUUGAAUAAUACUGGUAGAGAGAAGUUGACAUACAUUGGAUUCAGUCAAGGGAGUGCUCAAGCAUUUGCUAGUGUGUCGGUAAAUUCGGAUUUAAACAACAAGAUUGAUCAACUAAUUGCAAUUUCGCCUGCAACAACACCACACGGACUUCACUCAAAAUUUCUUGAUAUUUUGUUAAAGUCUUCACCCAAUGUCACGUAUUUAUUGUUUGGUCGGAAAGUACUUAUGCCAUCCUGCAUCUUUUGGCAAAGAAUAAUGUAUCCUCCAUUAUUUGACAAAGUAAUUGAUAUCGCGGAUUAUAUGUUGUUCAAUUGGAAAUCUUUAAAUAUAUCCAAGUUACAAAAGUUAAGUAGCUAUGCUCAUUUGUAUUCCACAACAAGUGUUAAAUGUGUUGUGCACUGGUUCCAAGUUAUGAGCUCAAAGAAUUUUCAAAUGUACUUUGAUACAACAACGUCAUCGUCAUUAUCGGGUUUGAAUCCAAUUAGCUAUCCUUUAAAGAAUAUACAGGUACCAGUGCACUUGAUUUAUGGUACGAUUGACUCAUUGGUUGAUAUUGAUGUUAUGAAAUCGCAGUUACCAAAGAAGAUGACAACAACCUUUGCCGUGCCUGAUCAUGAACAUUUGGAUAAUUUGUGGGGUGAAGACGUUUUUGAAUCGGUGUUUAAAAGAGUGUUGCAAUACUUGGGAGAAGAUAUUGAUGAUGCAUAUUCGAGAUUAUUCAGAACCAAUGAAAAUGUUAAAUUGAUUGAGGACAUAUUUCGACCUGAUAUAGGCUUGAGUGGGCUAGCAAUUGAUAAUGAACUGACACAGUAUGACAGUACGAGCUUGAACAACAUUGGUGAAGCCAAACUGGAUAACGACUACGAAUUCGAUAUAACACAAAUUUCCAAUGUUUCGGUAAGCGGUCAGUUUACAAAUCUGCCAUCCUCACAAGGAGGAAGAUUGUCGUAUUUAAAGUUGGCUAACAAUAAGGGAAAGAGUAGUAGUGCAUCCAGAAGUGACAAAAAGUCACAAAGCAUUGAUAGUACCAAUACUGCUGAUUACAAAACACCUCAAUCCGUAGGCUCAACGUCGGUAUUUAUAUAG